GGCUGAGACGGACCCAGGACCGCUCCCGAACACAGCCGGUCACCACGGAGGAGGUGGUCAUCGCUGCCACCGUCUCCACUGUCGUGACACAAAUGGCGCCUGUGCACACUGCUGUAGCACGCAUUCCUAGCCCUACGUUAGUCUGCAGUACUCUGCCCCCCUACAGCCUGCAGGCUACCUCGCACCAGAGCUCCACAGCUCGGGAGCAAGCGCAGGACACCUGGCAGAUCCAGGAUGUCCAGGAAGUCCAGCGCACCAAGCAGAUCUCCCCAGGGAAGGAGGAGGGCCAUGGCCAGAUGCUGAGUCAGGACCGAGUGCAGGAGGAGCCCGACCUCUACACCCUCAGCCUGGCAGAGAAGAUGGCGCUGUUCAACCGCCUCGCUCAGCCACCCUCCAGGGUCACCCGCACCAGAGGGGAUACACGCCAUCGCCGGGCCAAUGCCCGCUACCAGACUCAACCUGUCACACAGGGGGACAUGGAGCAGCUUCAGAACGGAUUGGCGUCCAAGUUUGUGAACCUCCCAUCCUCCUCCUCCUCUGCUCUGAGACCAGGAGGCACCGUCUCCUCAGAUCACGCCGGAGACAUCCAUCUCACCAGGGUAGGAGCGCCGAAUGACUAUGCCCCCAGCCACUAUGAGAGGCCUUUACCCGCUCACCACCCCAGCUCCCUAACCCAGUCAACUGAGGGCCCAGGCAGGAGGUCCCAAGUCUCUGUGGACCAGCAGAUCCAUCCCCACAAGGCAGUUGCCGGCCGAGCCGUACUGCCAGGAGAGGAGCCCGAUCUGGAAGGAGGGAAAAGGAAGCUGUCCUUUCCUGAAGAAGCAGACAGACAGGCUGCCCAGUCCCAGCUCCACUCCCAGCUCCACUCCCAGACUGGGAGAGAGAGGGCGGAGGAGGAGCCACAGCGUCCGGCAAGGGGGAGGAGAGACGACGCUUUCCAGAGCUCAGAGAGCCAAACGCCUCAGGAGAGACGGGAGCAGAAGGGUUACAUGAAGGAGAGCCACUCCUCACAAGAACUACAUUACCCAGACACCCACAGGAGCAAAACCAUCAGCGGAGAGCUGCUGGAGUCUAGCGUGGUACCAUCUAAAGCAGCAUCUGCUUCACCCUGGAGUGUGUCCCAGCCUCCAGCAGGGGACACACACAUAGACAGCAGCGGACACUCACCCAGCCUGGUCCAGCCUGAGCAAGGAGACGAGCUGACAGAUGCAAUGACAGCCAGACAGAUGUCAAUCAAAGAGAGGCUGGCGUUGCUGAAGAAGAGCGGUGAAGAGGACUGGAGGAACAGAAUCAACAAGAAGCAGGAUGUGGUGAAAGUCGCGGUGUCCGAACGCCAUGCUCAGCUAUGGGAGAUGGAGCAGAGCUUCAAGAAGAAGGAGCCAGUCUUUGACUCUACUUUCUCCCCUCCUCUUGAGUCUCCUCUCCAUACCUCUCCCUCUGAUGAGCCAACCAGCCAGAGGAUGAUCGAAGGUGAAAUGGAGAGCCAACAGCUCGAAGCCCACAUGUCCAUCCAGGAAAGAAAGCAGUUGAUCGUGGCCAGAGAGGAGGCCUGGAAGACCAAGGGAAAGGGAGCCGCCAAUGACUCCACCCAGUUUACCGUGGCAGCGCGCAUGGUCAAGAAAGGACUGGCCUCCCCCGCAGCCCUCCUUUCUCCAGUAUCAUCCAAACCCAAAAAUACCGCUCCUGCCAUCUCCAAACCACAGGAAGAGAUCAAGGCCAUACCAGACAUGAACCUUGAGACGGACGGGAAGCUGGACAAACUGGAAUCCUUCCUGGGCAAGCUCAACAGUAAAGUGUCCGGGCUACCAGAGGCUACCAUCACGGUGACAGAGCAAAAAGUUAAGGAAGUGAUGAGUCUUGAAGACGAGACAUUCUCCAAGUUUUACCGCCAUGUGGAGGACCUUCCCACCAUCAACAGCAAGGUGGAGAUAGACGAUGACUUUGAUGCCAUCUUCGGCCCUCAGAUACCAAAGCUGACUUCGGAGAUGGUGCAGCAUAAGCGCGCAGUGCGACCGGCACGUAACGUCCAGUCAUCCAGGAACCCCCUGAAGAUGCUGGCAGCGAGGGAGGACAUCAGACGAGAAUACACAGAGCAGAGGCUCAACAUUGGCCUGCUGGAGAGCAAAAGAAUGAAGGCGGAGAAGAUGAACAAGAACUCUGGUUUCUCUGAGGUGGCCCUGGCCGGCCUGGCCAGUAAGGAAAACUUCAGCAGCGUCAACCUGCGCAGCGUCAAUAUCUCUGAGCAGAUGUCCAACAACAGCGCCGUACCCUACAAGAAACUCAUGCUUUUGCAGGUCAAAGGCCGACGGCAUGUCCAGACCAGACUGGUAGAGCCCCGAGUGUCCUCCCUGAACAGCGGGGACAGUUUCCUGCUCAUCACCCCACACCACUGUUUCAUCUGGACCGGGGAGUUUGCCAAUGUCAUCGAGAAGAACAAGGCUAAAGAGUUAGCCAACUUCAUUCAGACCAAGAGAGACUUGGGUUGCCGUGCUAACUAUGUUCAGGUCAUUGAGGAGGCUGUCAACACACACAGCCAUGCUGCAAAGGAGUUCUGGAAGAUUCUCGGAGGACAGGCCAGCUAUCAGUCUGCAGGAACACCAGACGAAGAUGAGCUGUAUGAGAGCGCUAUAGUGGAAACCAACUGCAUCUAUCGUCUGAUGGAUGACAAACUGGUCCCCGAUGACGACUUCUGGGCCAAGGUCCCCCGAUGUUCCCUGCUUAACCCCAAGGAGGUUUUGGUGUUUGACUUUGGGAGUGAGAUGUACAUCUGGCAUGGGAAGGAAGUGACGCUGUCGCAGAGGAAGGUGGCCUUCCAGCUGGCCAAACACCUGUGGAACGGCACCUUUGACUACACCAACUGCGACAUCAACCCACUGGACCCAGGGGAAUGCAACCCCCUCAUUCCCAAGAAAGGUCAGGGCCGUCCUGACUGGGCGGUGUUCGGCAGGCUAACCCAACACAACGAGACAACCCUGUUCAAGGAGAAAUUUCUCGACUGGAGCGAAUCUAGGAAGUCUCUGAGUCCCACUAAGAAUGGCAACAACCACAUCAAUGAACAAAAGGUGCAGACCAGCUCUGAGCAUCCACGUGCAUACAACGCCUCCCUGAUGCUGCCGCUCCAUAAGGCGUCCAUCUGCACUGUAUUAGACGGGGUCAACGUGGGCCGGGGCUACGGCCUGGUGGAGGGCGAGGAGUGGCGGAGCUACAAAGUCAGCACGCUGGCUGUGGAGGUGUGGCACAUCCUGGAGUUCGACUACAGCCGCCUGCCUCGGCAGAGCAUCGGCCAGUUCCACGAGGGCGACACCUACGUGGUUAAGUGGAAGUACAUGGUCAGCACUGCAGUUGGGAAGAGACAGAACCCAGAGCAAGUGAGGACGGCAGGAGCAGGGAAGGAGAAGUGCUGCUAUUUCUUCUGGCAGGGCCGCAACUCCACUGUUAGUGAGAAAGGGACGUCAGCGCUCAUGACAGUGGAGCUGGAUGAGGAGAGGGGAGCACAGGUGCAGGUCCAGCAGGGCAAGGAGCCUCCAUGUUUCCUGCAGUGUUUCAAAGGAGGGAUGAUCAUCCACUCGGGGAAGAGGGAAGAAGAGGAGGAAAACUCCCAGAAUGACUGGCGUCUGUACUGUGUACGGGGCGAGGUGGCGGUGGAGGGCCAUCUGCUGGAGGUGGUGUGCCACUGCAGCAGCCUGCGCUCGCGCGUCUCCGUGGUGCUGCUGAGCGUCAGCCAGGCCCUCAUCUACCUGUGGCACGGCUGCAAGUCUCAGAAACACACACGAGAGGUGGCGCGCACCGCCGUCAACAAGAUCAAAGAGCUUUGUCCUCUAGAAACGGGCCUCCACAGCAGCAGCAAGGUGACGGUCCGCGAGUGUGACGAGGGAGCCGAGGCACCGGGGUUCUGGGAGGCGUUGGGGCGGAGGGACCGGAAAGGGUAUGACUGCAUGCUGCAAGACCCCGGGAGGUUUAACUUCACGCCACGCCUCUACCAGCUGAGCAGCACCUCAGGCGAGUUCACCGCCGUGGAGUUUCUUUACCCUUCCAGAGACCCUGAGCAGGUCAACUCCCUGCCCUUCCUACAGGAAGACCUCUACACAGCCUCCCAACCAGCCCUUUUCCUGGUGGACAACCACCAUGAGGUGUAUCUGUGGCAGGGCUGGUGGCCCCAAGAUAGCGAGAGCACCGGCUCGGCCCGCAUACGCUGGGACUUGGACAGGAAGUGUGCCAUGGAGACAGUGCUGCACUACUGCCAAGAAAAGAAUGAGAAGAAGCCCCCUAAAGCCUAUCUGAUCCAUGCUGGCCUGGAGCCGCUCACCUUCACCAACAUGUUCCCCAGCUGGGAGCACAGAGAGGACAUUGCUGAGAUCACUGAGAGGGAGGCAGAGGUGUGUAGCCAGAUCAUUCUUGUGGAAGAUGUGUUGGCCAGGCUUUGUAAGACCACAUACCCGCUAGCAGAUCUGCUGGCUCGACCUCUGCCCGAGGGAGUAGACCCUCUUCGCCUUGAGGUGUACCUAUCUGAUGAGGACUUUGAGAAAGCACUGGAGAUGACGAGAGAAGAGUACGAGUGUCUCCCUGGCUGGAAGCAGGUGAACUUGAAGAAAGCCAAGGGACUUUUCUAGCAGGCUGGGACAGCUGAUCCAAAGACAUCGGAGACCACUGAUGUACAGGAUUGGUCAAAGAGGACCAGAACACGCCACCAAGAGCUCCCCCCCCCCUCCUCCAUUACUGAUGGAGAGGAUGGAGGCUCAGGACUGGACUUUCCUGAGUACACCAUAGCAUGGCGUGAUGAGGACAAGAAAAAGGUGGCGUAUGAUGAGAUGGGUAAACAGAGGUCUGUCAGCCUCAUGUGUUGCCAUGUACUGGCCCUCCUUUCGGUGUUGGUUUUGUGAUUGUUUAGGACACGAAUGUAAGUGAAUGCUAUUCUGAGUGGGUAGUAGUGUAGCUUUUCCAACCUCUCGACACUAAGCAGUUAAUUAAUGUACAUAUAUGUAUAUGCAGGCCAGUCUUUGCCCGUACACUGUCAGUCAUGCAGCCAUCCGUUGGGAGUGAGAGCAGGCCUGUCAACCUGUCCAACACACUCCCAAGUCUCACUCCUUGCCACUCUUGUAUGUGUUUUUGUGCGCUAGAAAUAAUUUAUAUUUAUAUCAAAUCAAUAAAGGAUUUUUUUUAAUUCGUUUCCUGAGUAUUGAGUCAGCUAGGAAUUAAAUUGUAUAAUUGACGACAUGGAGGUUUGAGUUAUGUGUUGAUAAACAGCAGACAGUAUAGUAAUUCUCUCUUACCGCAAAACAAUGUACAGCAGCACACCAUUCGCCAUCUGCAAAUGCAAAAAUGUGGCUUUAUUCUGACAUCGUUGCUUUUAUUUCAGUUGGUCAACUGGAAGCAAGGCACAUUUUACAGGCGUGAGCUGAAGCAUGGAGCGAGAGCGGUGGCGACGUAUUUGAUUUACCUACAUUGUAUAGUGCCUUGCUUUUGUGUACAGUUUAUAUAAAAAUCCUAGUCUACAUUUUGAGGACUCUUUGUGAUAUAAAGACCUGUUAGAGAAAUAAACACUGAAAGCU